AAAAGCUCGGGUCCACAAAAUCUCGGGUCCCACGUUUCCCGUACCCAUAAGAUUUGGACUUAGUCAGCUGCCGAUAAGAGCUGAGGAGGUUAGGUACCUGAUACCUACCUCUUAAGCCGGACCGGACUGAUAACGAUAAGCAGUGGAAAGUUGCCAGCAAUACCAAAUCCGAAAUACGUCAGGUAAAUACCUAUACCAAUCUCUCCAUCCUUUUGUGUUUAUGUACCUCUUAAUUCUAUCGCAAGCGGAACUAAACACCAAAACCUCCCCCCAAAAAACCUCGAGCCAAUCCCAAGCGUGAAAGAUCCCUAUACCAACUCCAUCAAUUAACUAAAAAUGAAGCUCUUCCCCUCCCCCCUCCAAAUCCUCCUCCUCGCCCUAUUCUCCUCCCUCGCGCGCGCCCAAUUCGGUUUCUUCGACCAGAUGUUCGGCGGCGGCGGCGGCGGCGGUGGACAGCAGCAACAGCGCCAGCAGCCGCAGAACGUCCCCAGCGACUCGGCCAUCUACCGCUCCAACUUCGACCGCAUGCACUGCGAUAACUACCUGUGCCCGGAUACUCUAGCUUGCGUCCACUUCCCUCACCACUGUCCUUGCCCAUGGCCUGCCCACGAGGACAAGUUCGAGACCGGCGAGGGCCACCGGAUAUGCGUGUCUAAGGGCGGUUUCAAACCCGGGGAGGCCGCAAGGAAAGUUGAGCUCGCCCGGAAGGGAUUGCUAUAAGUCAAACGGCCGUGCUUUAAUAAAUAUGGUACUUUAUAUAAUCGGUGGAUUGUUUGUUUCUUGGAAUACAACUCGGCGUCGUUCUAGUCCUUUUUAAAUACGAAACCGCAUUAUCUGAGUAGAAUGGUUAAACACUUCAGCACCCCUCUUGGUUAAGUUAUAUCCAAUUUGACUUAGGCGACAGAAUGAAUAAGAAUGAAUGUUGUUUCAUUGA